CAAAACGUCAGCAAGUGAACACCGUAUUUAAAAGCUCAAGACUCAAAAUUCUAAAUUCCUUACCUCGAGGUCUGAAAAAUGCUCUGGACAAUUACAGGUCUGGUAUUCUUAAUACUGGCUCUACCCACCUCAGGUAAGUAACCAUUUGAUAUACCCGAUACUAAACAUUCAGUUCAUUUUACAUUCGUGUGGCAUAUAAAUACAAGGUGAUCACUCGAGUUUAAUUUAAUUUCUCUCAAUUGUGUCUUAUUAAAUUCAGAUUGUUUUCUGCUGUAUACUUUGUCUUCUAAUCAAUCAUAGUACUCGCCGGCCAUUUCUCUGAAUAAUUCUGUUUAUGUGACCAUGUGUAUUGCUUGGGGUUGAUGAUAAACUUUAUUUAAACGUUUAACAUUGUCAGCUAAAGCUGGUUUCCACAAUGGGCGUGUAAAACAGCAAAUUAUUACAAGUUUAAGAAGUACGCUUGCCCACUACAGCCAUACUCUCACUUUUCUACUCAGCAAGGUGCGUCAUCGUACAACGCGUUGUUCACUGCACCUACUUCUGAAAGUGUAAAAUGCAUUCAGAAUGUGUAAGGGUGCAGAUUGUUUUUAUACGCCGUGGUUAUUAUUGUUCCGACACUGGAACUUUAAAAUCCGACAAAAGUGUUUUCCUUAACAUGAUACUAAAUAGAUUUCAGUUGAUUUCAAGUAAUUUCUCGGUAGUGAGUGGUUGAGGCACUUGCCUUGCAUGCGCUAUCGCGCGGAUUGAAAUGAAUCGGAGAGUGGAAUUUCAAGUGCAUGUGUAAAGGCCGAGACACACCGGACGCGAUUCAACAACACCGCGCGAUAUUUCGAUUUUCACUGACCGAUAACUUGGAUCUUGGUUUAAGUUUUCCAAAUAUUUAGAAGCGCUAUAAAAUUUUGAGUUAUUUGGUCUAUAUAUCCUUUAAAAUUUCCUUUCAUUGGCUGUUUUAUUAACUUUCAAAAACUGAAAAAUCUCGCCACCUCAUUGUCGAAACGUGUCCGGUGUCACAGCGGAUUUGGACUCCCCGAGAACAUGGACCCUCCGCUAGCUGAUACAAGUGUACCCCCUUCCGCAGGAUUGGACACCCUAAAAUUCACAGAAAGAAGAAAUUUUUAAUUCUACGAGUUGUGGGGACUAUCUAUGAUGAAAUUAAUUGAAAUUAUGAUAACUAAUGGCAUGACUCAACUAUCUAAGUUAUUGACAUGCUAAUUUUCUAAAAAUUUAGGGUUAAUUUGGGGUUGAAUGGAAUGCAUCACUUUGUUAUGUGUAUGUAAAGGAAAAAAUAAUUUGAAAUAUCUUACCGUUUUUAUUUGAGCAUGCAGUUAAGCGUUAAAGCAGAUAGCAAUUUCAAGGAGUAAAAUACUUGCGCUCCUCGCACAUUCCAAUUUCCAAGAAUCUAAUCAUCUAAGCUUUGAUGGAAUUUUUUUAAUCUAAAAUAAAUCAGAUGAGAUUUAUAAUAAUUUAUGACGAUUUAAGACGAUUUAAAAUGUUUGAUACAAUAUUCAAAAUACAAUACGAUAAAUGAUAUAAUACGCGAGGAGUCCAAAUUUGCGAGGGGACUUCAAAUCCGCUAGCGAGUAAAAACCCCCAUAGGGGCCAUAUUCGCUAGUGAAUAUGGACUCGAGAAACAUUUUCUAAAAAAUUGCGUAUUUAAUCGAAAACUACCAAUUUUGCCCUACAACUAAAUAAAUCGUAAAGUCUUCUAGUGCAUGUUGAACCUGUUCCGAGACAUUACGGAACAGGGACCACGGAAAUUGGGGAUGAAGUCAUCUCCUCCCCCCCCCCCCCAAUAAUUUGCACGAAAUCGAGUCGUAAAGUACCAAUACUAAGAUUGCAUUCUAGUUAUAUUGAAGGCGAUCUGUAGACACCAACUGUAUGAUAACAACGUUCAAACAUUCCAGAAAAAGAAAUCGUGGAUCGAAAUCAAUGCCCUUAUGUUUCAUAAAUUGCGUUAUGCUAAUUGAGACCUUUCCCCUUUUGAGUGAAAUUUUGAUCUAGACAAAUCUGGACAAAAAUUUCAUCACAGCUUGAAAGAGCAUCACAAAAAUUAGUAAUAUUCCGAAGUUUCGUUGCGAAAUGUUGUAUACAUACUCGGAACUAAUUUAGAAUUGCAUACAGAUAGUACAUGAUGAGACGCAUGGGAAAAUACUUCUAAUUUUGUUGCCAAGGCAACACAGUCGUUCCCAGGUCCCUUACACUGAUUUUGAAUAACUAGUUGCAUUUAUCUAUGUGUAUGUCAUUUUCGAAUUAUUAUUAUGCAAGUAAACUUUUGGCAUGCAUAGGUAUGGUACACAUACUUCUGAUAUUAUUUUAUUUUUAUCAGUACCAUGAAUAAAGCUGUUUUAUAAAAUUGGCGCAAGGGGCCUGGGAACGACAUUGUUACCUUGGCAACAAAAUUAGAAGUGUUUUUCCAUGCGUCUCAUCAUGUACAAUCAUUAUCCAAAAUUUCAUUUGAUUUGGGCCCAUAAUAACUGAGCUAUGCUUCAGUGUAGUAUUCAAUAAACAUACUUACCCAGCUAAUGACGUCACACUUUGUGCUGAAUCAGCAAUUUAUAUUUUGCACAUUUUUGCAUAUAACUUCGGAACUAGAUGAGAUAGAAUAGAGCAUUAAACGGCCAAUCGGCUUAUUUUUUCAUGCUCUUUUAAAUGAAGCAAUAAAAGCGAUAAAAUUUUUUGUUCCUCAUACCCUUUAAUGCUUGAAUGAAUCAUUGGACAUGUAAAGUUUAGUUUAAUAAUGGCUAGCUUCACCAUUAACAGUAUAAUUAUACAUACAAAAGCAAGAAGUUAUAAGCAUUGAAGGAUUCAUAUAAAGCCCCCCGUGCCGAGAAAGUAGAAUUAGAAUAUUUAACUGACCUUUGACUUUGUGCAAGGUGUUUGAUAUUCAAAUUGCACUUUUCGGUCUUUUCCUGCAUCCUGAACAGGUGUAUUAGCAAUCUUGCGCCCAGAGUAUGCCCGUUCGCAUGUUAGGUCAUGCCCAGCACCUAACCUGUGAACGGGCAUAGUCUGGGCUGUUUAUAUGAUGGAAGUUGGGAUGAUUUUUAUGUAUUGAAAUUAGUCACUAAGCGAAACGAAAGUUCAAAUACUUGCUAACCGAACUCAAAUGUUGUAGAGAAGAUCAUGUAGUUCGAGAAGAUUUUUAUAGCUUUUUGAACAACCUUUCGUUUACAGUUAACUAUAAUCCAUCUCUAGAAAAUAAAGUGUUUCACAAAAUCAUCGCGCCUUAUAUCUCGUCAUGGCAACGCGGUUUAAGCGGGAUCCGUAUAAACAGCCUUUAUUCAGCAAAUUGCGUAUGCUCCCUUGCUUUUGACCCUUGGGGGUGAGGCAGCACUUUCCUUGCCAUAGUAACUUCUAGUUUAGAAAUGAAUAAUUAGCAUAACGCAAUUUAUGAAACAUAAGGGCACUGAUUUUGAUUCACAAUAUCUUUUUCUGGAAUGUUUGAACGUUGUUAUCAUACAGUUGGUGUCUACAGAUCGCCUUCAAUAUAACUAGAAUGCAAUCUUAGUAUCGGUACUUUACGACUCUACACGCCCAUUUCGUGCAAAUUAUUUGGAGGAAGGGGAGGUGACCCCAAUUUCCGUGGUCCCUGUUCCGUAAUGUCUCGGAACAGGUUCAACAUGCACUAGAAGACUUUGCGAUUUAUUUAGUUGUAUGGCAAAAUUGGUAGUUUUCGAUUAAAUACACAAUUUUUUAGAAAAUGUUUCUAAAAUCAAAACGGACUCCUUUGCCUUGCUGUAUUCUUCCUGGAGCAAAGACCUCAUUUACUCCAGUUCUGGUGCCUUUCAUUGCAUUUUAAUUAAUUAAUUAAUAAAUUAAAAAUAUUUAGCACUAUAUAACCGACUCUUUAUCUAACUACAGCUGCUGAAAAUGUUAGUGAUAUAACGCAGCCACCAAAUGACACCACAAACUGGGAAGAAGUAUUUAAAGUUAUGAACGAAAGUGGAAUGUCAAGAACAGAUGAACCUGGUCUUGGUUUGUUUGAUACCAUACUGAGGGUAAAUGCAAGAGAAAGAGGUUUGUUCCAAUUGCAGAAUCAUUUCUCAUCCAAACCUACUCGAACCGACUGGGACAAGAAUGAAAAUGCCUUGAAAACACAUUUCUUAGUUUGCAGUUUUUAGGUUUUCCAUGAAAUUCCAUCAGAUAUUGUAUUAUGUUUGUGGUGUUACUCUGAGUGCAUAUCCACACCGGGCGAGCUUGAAAAAUAUGCCCGGCCACGGUGGGAUUCGAACCUACGACCUUUGGAAUACUAGCCCAAGUAGCUAGUAUUCCAAAGGUCGUAGGUUCGAAUCCCACCGUGGCCGGGCAUAUUUUUCAAGCUCGCCCGGUGUGGAUAUGCACUCAGAGUAACACCACAAACAUAUUAUUCACCUGAGUACACAACACCAGCACAGAAAAAAAAAAAUAGAUAUUGUAUUGUUUUUAACAGCAUGAAAAUAUUUACAGUACAUCUAUAAAUCUAAGUUUUACUCUUAUAAUAAAAAUGCUUCUACAGACGAUCAGAUGCAAGGAUAUCAAUACUGCAGUAAUUUAACCGAGGGUUGAAUGACCAACUGUAAAUUAAUCGUAAUUUUGAAUAUCACUAUAACACUGGCAUUCGGGAGAAUAUGUUAUUUGGGAAAUAAGGAAAUUUAGAGAUUAGGUUUUAGGCUAUGGUCCUAGUCCAAGCCAGAGUUACGUGAAUUCCAUCAGUUGAAAAUCAGAUUACCUUCCAACACGUUCUUGAGUAUGUUUAAACAGGCUCCGUAGUCCCUGUUUACAGUUUUGAAAUAGUCGACAUAAGUAGUGCACGGUGAAUGGGAACGAGUUAAAAUGCAUGACACCACCACGCAUUAUAUCACGGAGUUAGAUUUGCAGAAUUCAGAACUUUGAGCGAGCAUUAUAAUUUUAGGUAGCGGACUUGGAAGAUCGGAUACCAAUGUAUUUUUGUUUGAGGGAGAUAUCAUGCUUAAUAAUGAAACUGCCAAUACUGGAUCUCAAGGGACAGGGAGAGGAAAGAGAGCAGUUAUAAGAGACAGAAGGCGAAACUUAUGGCCUCGAAAUAUUAACUACGUUUUAGAUCGAGGCCUAAGAGGUAAGCUAGCAUUUUGAACUCCUUUUAGACUGUAGAUGAUUACUUACUGUAUGUCUGCAUGUGUAAAGAAUAUCUAACAUUUAAUCAGUGGGAGAGCUCUGUAAUUUAAAAGUAACUACUGGUUUUAUGGUCAUCCACAAUUAUCUGCAUGUGAGUGAAUAUUUUCAAGUGUACGCUGGCCACAACCCCGUUCUCAGGCUCUUCCCUUGCGCUGGCCAUGGAAGAGAAGGUACAGGAAAUAACCACUUUUCCAAAUAUCGAUGAUAGACCCAUUAUCGCAUCCUUCUACAAACCUUCAACUGUUUCCACAAAAUUAGCCCACCUUGCCUCAGCACGCUUGUAGAAAAGCCGACACACCACCACACUACAAGGGCAGUAGAAAACAAUAACCUGUUUCUCCCCAAAGCCAGGACCAACGCAGGGAAACGCAGGUUUUCGUUUCUGGCUCUUUCCUUGUGGAACAAAUUUCCAGACGUGGGAAAAAAACUUACCACAACACGCGGGUUUAGAUCGUUCUGUAAAGAACACUUUAAGAACAAACUGGCUAAGAUGAAUGAACUGAACACAAAAAGAUUAUAUUAAUAUAAAAACUUUAAUACUGUUGAUAGUUAUAGAUUGUUAAUGUUGUGUGAUUGUGAUGUAUCUGUGUAUGUUGUGUGUCUGUGACGCAUCCGUGACUGUAUAUCCUACGUUUAUAAAGAAUGUUAACUGCAUGAGUAUCGUAAUCACGUGAUGUAAUAUAUUUCUAGAACUUAAGAGGACCAGAUUGGAAACAAGAUGUACUAACUGUAGCUUUAUCUGUAAAUCCUCGUUAAAUAAAGUGUUAUUAUUAUUAUCAUCUUUCCUGAGGUUCACCAAUUUUAAAAGUACUUUUUGAGAGCAGGGGAAAUUAUAUUUAAAAGUACCUUUUGAAAGAAAAGCGAACUUUCUGCGCGCUUGUAAAAAUGUUGAUAAUCAGCAUCAGCAGUUAGGUGGACUAUUAACCAAGAACAACCUCGCCAGCCAGGCUCUUUACUUAAGUAGAUAGCCUGGCUUGCGAGGUUUAACCAAGAAUUCCUGGUUAAUAAUUCAACUAUCCAAGUCACCUAACUAUGUAAUCUGGUUAACAGACGUUAACUUAACCGUAUAGCCUUGUUAAAUAGGAAUCCUGGUUAGCGGAUUAGCCACGAUAGCGAUCAAAUUAACCAGGACUGUGGUUAAAUUAACCAGGAAAAUUAACCAGGAACUUUAAGUUACCCCAAACAAUGUUAAUUUUAGAUCAACCAAGAAAUUUUUAACCAGGGGUUUUUAAGAGUGUAACUGAUUACAUUCAGUCUCUGUUUGUUAGGAGCUGCUAGGAGAGUCAUAGCAAGUGCAAUAAAAGAGUGGGAGACGACAUUGCCGUGCAGAGGAUCAUGGGUAGAUGUGACUAAUAGUAGGAAACCUAGGUCCUAUAUGCAUUUCUUUGUUGGAGGAGGGUAAGAGGGUAUAAUCAAAUUGUAUAUGGUGAAAGGUUGCUAGUUUUUACUUGUAUAACGCGCAAAAAAUUAGCCGGAUUGUAAAUUGAAUAUUCGAAGCUUUAGAAGUGCUUUUGAGUAUGCUAAAGUUUAAGAAGUUCUGAUUCUUUAAGGCUUUGCCAGGACGUGCAAUCUAAUUUUCUGGUUCUGACCAAAUGUCAUUUCAUCACAAAAUUCAAAAACUAAGAUUUACUUCAUCAGCAUACAGAAUGCGGUCUUCAUAAUCCUGCAUAAUGUAGUACAUUAUGCUUAGACAGCACGCCUAAUAUUUAAGCUAGCUUCCAUUAAAUUAAAAUUCAACCACAAACGCUACGCAAAACGUUGAUGAAUGAUGAUUGAUGUCAAACAGUCAAAGUAAAAUAAAACAAUUUCUAAUAAUCCAAAAUAAUAAAAACGGGUAAUUUAUUAAAAGAUACGCAACAUCAGUUUUUGAAAGCAAACAGUACAUCAAUAUUUAAAACUAUCAGAGUUCUGCAAUUUAUUGUCCCGGAUCUUUUGUUAUGAAGCUAUUAAUAACAAAUAAACUGUUUGGCUGCUCGUCUUAUGAUUUUUUCCUAUUUUUCCGCAAAUCCCUGAAAUUUGUCAUACUUUUAAGAUCAGUACACCCUGCGACAAAGCCACGCGCCCGCGAUUAUUGAUGGAUUUAAGACUUCGCUAAUGCUUUCCUUUUCCUGAGUGCAUGUAAAUAACCGAGCAGAAUCUGACUCUUCCACAGUCCCUCGUUAUAUUUUAGUACGGAAGAAUAUGCCCGUUCGCGGGUUAGGCGUUGACAGAACAAACAUAACCCAUUCCCAUCAUCCAACGCGAGCGACUGGGAACGAGUCAGGAUCAGAAUUAGUAGUCUCGCCCCGGGCUUCGCGCCGUUGGCUCGGGAUUAUGAGCCACUAGAGUUUGUAGAGAGGUCAGAGGUAUAGCAAUUUUCAAGGGGAGUUUGUUCAGUUGUUGGGAAAAUUAGACUACUGUACAAUUCCAAAUUCAACAAUUGACCGUCUUAGAUGCCGCCCACUGCACCAACUCCGGUUGAAUAACUAAUUAACCUUAUGUAUAUAUAUGUAUAUAAAUAUUUGAACACAAUUACUGCAGAUGCUACUCACAAGUUGGUCAUGUGGGAGGAGCACAAAAAGUUUCAAUUGGACGAGGCUGUGAGCAUCAUGGGAUUGCAGUACAUGAAAUUGGUAGGUGGAUGCAACUUUUGAUGAUAAGUCAGAUAAAGUAUAGUAAAGGUACAGUAUAAUACAAUGCAUGUAGUACCUACAUUACAGUGCAGUGCAGUUGUCUUUUACAGAACAGAUCAACAUCAUCUAAACGAACUCGGCAGAAUUCCAUUUUUGAGAAGCUCAUAGUGCCGGCUUUACUGCAAUUUGCAGUACAGAUAUCAGCAAUAUUUUGCGAAUAUCUAUACUAUGUUAGUUCGUGGGUCAUUUUUUUAAGGCAAUGCUUUCUGCCUUACGGUACAUGAUCUAGUUCUACAAAAAUUAUCAAACUUAUUUAUUUCGAAUCUUUCACGUCAUGUAUGUCAUGUCCCAUUUGUUUAUCAACUUGUCCAAUGAUUUAAAAUCCAGUAUAAAACUAUCGAUUAUAUCUCGCGACCACCUCCACAGCAAACAAUCAUCUUAAAAAUUCUUAAAAGACGCGGUAUGGAUUAUGUGAAUUUUAUGUGAAUUUUUGCUAUUGCGCGUUGCAUUUUAUCGUAGGUCAUGCAAUGGGACUCUGGCACGAGCAAUCACGUCCAGACAGAGACAGCUAUGUGAGGAUCGUUUGGAACAACAUUAUCCCAGGUAACCAGAGACAGUCAGGCAGGCAUAUAUUAUUUACUUAGACAGUCAGGCAGGCAUAUAUUACUUACUUUUGUCUGCAGGGCCUCUUUUAAGGAUGUGUAACUGGGGGGGGGGGGGCGGGGGACCUGGAGAAGUUCCAGUUGGCAAGUCUGUAUAACUGCAUGCAGCUACCAGCAUAUAUAUAUGCAUGGUAACUAAUAAGUAUACGUCAUAGAGCAGCAGAUCAGGCCCGUUACUAGGAUUCUGAGACAACUGAAUCGAGCACGUGCACCGAAGGUACGAACCAUCUAGAGGGAUCUGGGGGCAUCCAUCCAGAAAAUUUUCGAUUUCCUGAAUCUCAGAUUAGCUAUUUCCAGCAUUUUGAGGAGUGUUCCAACAAGAAAUUAACCUUAUAAACAGUGACACAAUUAUUGCAAUUUUACAAUCUCCCAAAUGUAAUCCAGUCCCAAUAAGGCAACAUGAUGUGAUGAUGCGGUAAUGAAAAUGUGCGUGGUAUAGUAUUAUCAUUCACCACACUUCAAAUUCUACAGUACUGUAUUACAUGUAUUGGGGUACUUGACAUCGACACAUUUGUCUUCAGUCUUCUCAGUGUCACUGAAGAGCAAGAUAGGGUGGUCUCUUUGGAGUAUCUUUGCUUGGAAAAACUAAACUAGAAUUUCGUCCUAAAAUGCUAUUUCAUGCUUUUUUCCACGAGCAAAUUAUUUCAGCUAUGGUUUAGGUUUCUGGCGAUGUUUAAAUUUCAGUCCCCAAAUUCCUACCGAGUCAACUGACUCGGUUAACUCCGCUAGUGACGGUCCUGCAGGUGAUGGUUAAGUUCAGAAAUGUUAACAACUUAACAUCAUUUUCUCACUUUGAUAUAUAAUUGCUGGUUGACCACCUUCUACUGGUAGUUCUUAGGGACCUUGCACUUGGAGUGGGGGGGGGGGGGACAAACUUGCCGACUGGAGGGGGCAGUAAGGGGGCUGGGGACAUGUCCCACCCAGUCUAUAUGUUAAAAGAGCCCUGUUUGUCUGUGGAAAGUAUCAGUGUGACCAGAUGUUUUCAGCAGUCAUUACCCAAAUUUUGUUCAAAUUUUACUAAAUUAAGAAAAUUUUUACCAAAUGUCGGCUUCCAAAUAAUUACGUCAUAAUAAUGCCAAAAAAACAAUAGUUACGUCAUCAAAGUAGAAAAAGGUGUCUCGAAAUACUUGUUGCUUUCAUCGUAUUGCAGUUUUGCGAAUGAUAAGGCUUUAUUUCUACGUUAUUAAACAAGAAACACACAUUUUUACCAAAAUGAUUAUUAAUAAUUAAAUCCUUUCAGAUUUUACCAAAAUUUUACCAAAAAAAACUUAUUACCAAAUUUUCUUGAAAAUUCACGAAAUUUUACCAAAAGUAAAACUUACUUUUUACUAAAUCUGGUCACACUGGUGGAAACACCACGUAAAUUUAUUACUGUACUCAGGUACUGCAAAGAAAUAAAUAGACUGGUGUUUCCUGCAAAUCUACUAAGAACUUAUUAUUCAUUAUAGUUGAAUAUAGCAGACGUAUAUACUGACGUAUUCCUUUAAAUAAAUAAUAAAAUAAGAUAAAAUGUGAAACAGUUUUGUGUUCGGUUAAUGUAGAGAUUUAAGCCAAAAUGGGACAAUUCAAAAGUACAAAACAAUUUGUUGAACAAGGAGGUGAAAUAAGGCAGUUGAAUCUCAUAAAAUUCAGGUUUAAAACCCUUGUUCGCUUUUUGUGGACCGAACAAAAUUUGGAGGUUAGGGAUAGGGUUAUAUAGGGAUGAAACAUUUAAUACUAAGACAUUUAAGAAUUAUCAAGCCAGACGUUUGUUUCUCUCUCACUUGCUUUCCCAUGUUUUUCUCUCUCACUUGCACUUUUUGAUUGCACUGAAUUGUACAAAAUGCAAAUAUGGCGCCGCAAUGAUCGGGCCCGUGCCCCGGGUCCCUAGCUCGCAAUCAGCACAGGGUGAGUGGUGAUCAGUAGAAUUCCGUCGAUUCAUCUGGACAGCUUGGGCAGCAGCAUGCAAUUUGGAUGUACUGCUUUGCAGGCAUGGACCUGCAACUGUUCUCAUUGAAUUUUUGAAUGUCAUCAUGGUGUAUUUGGUUGAAUUUCAUGUGAUAACCGAAAUAUUACUAUAAACUUUAAGAGAAAUUACUAAAAAAAUUACCAAAAAUUUUCAAUUACCAAAAAAGUCGGAAAAAUCGCGAAAUAUUACCAAAAGUAAUUAAAAUUACCAAAUCUGGUCACACUGUUCGCUGGAAUCGUGUUUCCAUUGCAUGACGUCAUAACGUUGAAUAUGAUUUUUUUUUAUAUUCAACGUAAUGACAUUACUGCGUUGAAUACAUAGAUAUGGUUGAAUAUUAUGUCGAAACUGCAAAUUUGGUCAGCUAUUGAGUUGAUAACUUAAAGUUAAAUUAAAGGUAAAAUAAAGAUAAAUUAAAGUUAAAUAAUAAUUUCAAAUGUUCCUUAUAAGUGCAUUCAAUAAAUGUCGUUUUUUUUCUAGCAAUGAAAUUCAACUUCCAAAAACAAACAACAUCAAGUGUUAACAGUUUAGGUGUGAGUUAUGAUUAUGAUAGCGUUAUGCAUUAUGGAGCAACUGCAUUUGCAAGGGCUCGAGGAUUAACAACAAUUUCCAGCAAACAAGGACACAGGACUCUUGGUCAACGUAGGGGAUUGAGCCCGAAGGAUAAACAGCAAGUUAAACUUUUGUAUAAGUGCGGCGGUACAACAGUGAAGCCAACGAAACCAACAGGUGAAAUUAAUGUUACAUGUAUCAAAAUAUGCUAUAUCAAGCAGUCUUGCAUGUUUCUCGAGGUCCGGCAACGGCAACUCGGAAUAAAUUGAAGUAGACAUCCAGGUUUAAAUUCAUAUAACAACCUAUAUAUGGGCGAAGUAUAUGAAUGAAAUGGAUUUUUCGGUUGGUGAGUUGCAUGUACCAACCUAAAUUUCUUGAUGGAUUGACUGCUUAUAUAAUUUAUAUAGUAUUAAUUUAUUAUCCGCGUACAAAUACGGUGUGGGUAGACGUGUACUAUUGCAUGGGGAAUACAAAUGAACUGACACCCUUUUCACAUUUAAUUUCUAGUUUGCAAAGACAGUACCUCGCACAAACAAUGGUGUAUCGAAUCGAAGAAGCUGUCAUUUUGCAGCAACGCUUUGUUCAAAAGAUACAUGAUACAGCAUUGUUGCAGGACGUGCAAACCCAAACCAACUCCACCAAAACCUACAGGUAUAGUACGAGGGAUUAUUUAAAGAGGAGUGAUAACAAAUUUGUACGGCGAUAAAUGAGAUUUCUGCUGUCAGUGAUAAAUAAAUACCGCUUGCCCAAAAAGUUCUGGGAGCACCUACCUGCCCCGACACACUGAUUGGUCAGAAUAUUGAUUUUGAAUUAGUCUUAAAUUUUUCUGAUUGACUGGAAAUUAAUAGUGUUUAAGAAAAUACAUUACCUGAAUUGAUAUUGUCAUACUUUUGAUCAUGACACGAGUCAUAAGGCAAUUCAUGUUCUAUAGCAAAUUCAAUGGCCCUUCAAAGGUUUUCGAACAUCCAUUAUUUGGUAGAGAUGUGAAGCAAUUUGCCAACAGGAUUUGGGAGUAUAUUUAACGUGAAUGCUUUGCCUUUGGCGAAGGAAGCCAUUUUUGCCGACGGAGGGGGGGGGGGGAGCACAGAUUUUGGCAUUGUGGGGCACUUUUCAACAGGUUCAUGAAGUUUUAUUCGCCUCCCUCAGUCCACAAUAUUCUUCGCAAACGUUGUAUAGUAAAAAAAUGUUUCGAAACCACAAAAAUUUGCGAUUUCGUAGUCAAAUUGACCCCAAUUGCAACGAGACAAGUGAUGUAUACAUUUCCCCCCUAAAAAUCCGUUAUUUGAUUCGCGAGUUUUUGGACUCGAUUUGGGAAAAAAAUGUAACAGUUAAUUUUGCUGGAUAAUUAAUUAAUCUGUAGCCAGAUUGAGACUUAUCUGAUUGGCCGAAAGACAACGGGAACUGAAAUCAACCAAUCAGGUUAUAGUUUUCUUUUAUCGACAAAGUUAGUGGCUACUGGCUAUAUUAAAAGGGUAAAAUUAAUAAAGACCCGUUAAUAAAGGUCUGUGGAUGACACGUAACUCAGAAGUGUUCUUACAUGAUUAUUUUAGGAUGUCAGGAUAAGCGCAAACAAAAUAGCUGUAUCGCAUGGAAAAAGCUAGGAUAUUGUGUACAAAGUCACCUGUACUACAAUUUUAUGAAAGUGAACUGUUGCAAGACAUGCGGUGCCACUA